AUGGAAACACCAACAUCGGCCUCCUACUGGGUACAUCGCCUUGGCCGUCGUCUCUACAAUCGCAAGAGCCAGUUAUUAGACUGUUGCCGGUCCCGCCACUACGACACCAUCCAAGAAAAACAUCACCACCACCAUGCCUACCAUCGCGUGCCAUCACCACAAGCACAAGAUCUCCUUCGCGCCAAGACCAACGAACAUGGCCAGCUACAAUGCCGUGGUUGUGACGAGAUUACCUAUCUCCUACGCUGGGCAGAGGCGGAGAGGAGGAAGGAUCCAAACCACAAGUGCACCUCUCCAAAGCGCAUCAUCCACAACAGCUACAUCGAGCUCGACAUGUGCGCUAGGAUGUCCAACUGCGACGCUUGCCAGGUUGUCCGCCGUGCUCUCCUGUUAGACCAGAUCACAGGCCGAGAUGCUGAGCGUCUGCGAGACAUGGAUAAGCAGUGGCCAGUCCAGGUAGCUCUAGAUAUACGACCUGGGGGUGACAGUCUCCUGGUUACUAUUGAGAAACCAUCUGGAAUCCUCUUGUUCUUUGCGACGGUCGUCCUAAGUCAGAAGCCGUGCCUUGCUGUCGGUAAAAAGACCAAAGGGCCUUCGCCAGCCUCCAUGCUUCGGCCCAACUUUGAAGAGCUACGUCGAGUCGUCGCCAACUGCCACGACAACCACCAGUGCUCGUCUAGAUACCGUUGGAACAGCAGAAAUCCGUCGUGGCUUCUAGAAAUCCUAGACGAUGGCAAAGUCCGAGUGAUUCCGGGCCCCUCGCAUUUGGUUGACUAUGUCGUCCUCAGCUACUCUUGGGGAGAUCCUACCGCAAUGCCCGCGGAGGAGUGGGCCAGGAUCAAAGGUGCCGCUACCAAAACGAUCAAUGGCGUCCCAGUGGCGGAACGCACAACCCCAUUUUCUCGAUCCCAACUACCAGAAACGAUGCAGGAUGCAAUUGCCAUCACUCAGGAACUGGAAUACAAAUACAUCUGGAUUGACAGUGUUUGCAUCCCCAAAGGCACCGAUUGGGACACCGAGGCUUCCCUGAUGCACGAGGUCUACGGCAACGCCGCAUUUACCCUGCUGGCCUCUUCCAGCACAAAAGCAACCGAACCCAUGCUACACGACCGUCUCGCGUGGCUGCAAGAACCCAAGCCUUGCAAGCUGCGCAACCACUUCCUCUACAACACCCAGAAGCCCCUACACGAAGUCCGUCUCGACCCUCCAGCCUCGCAACGCGCCUGGACCCUCCAAGAAGAGCGUCUCUCGCCCAGAAUCCUCUACUGGACCGGUCAGCGCUGGUACUGGUCCUGCCCCGAGUACCAAGCCGUCGAAUCUUCGCCCCUUGACCUUCCUUCUCCUGUCUGUGUCGCAGAAGAGCAAUCAUGGAGUCCACCGCAGCGGUUCCUCCACGUCUGUCGAAUCGGCGACUUCCAGAGCAUCGACCAAGAAUGGCUCGAUAUCGUCGAAGCCUACACGCGGCGUGACCUCGCCCACUCUGCCGAUCGCUUCCUCGCCAUAUCGGGCCUUGCUGUCCGGUUUCUUGAAGCCAAGCUGGACGGAGGUGGUAAAACCCAUGUGAGCGAGGAAUACUUGGCGGGGUUGUGGAGGGAGGAUCUGGCGAGGCACUUGUCGUGGUCAGUUGCAAGCGCUGUUGAUCCAAAGGGGAGUCAUCAAGAAGUUGCACCGUCAUGGUCGUGGGCUUCAUUACCGUUGUGCGUGAACACAAAGAUGAGACAUGCUUUUAAGCAGUCCCCGCACUUCCAGUUCGUGGGCGUCCGACAGCCCAGCUCCGACUACACACUGAUAACCCCCAGCGCCCCUGUCAACCGGGAGGUCGUGACCAACCCUCGCCUUCGCAGUAAAUUAGCCGAGCAACACGGCCGCACAGUCAAGCAAAUCGAAGUCCGAGGCCGCUUCCGCCGCUUUAUUUCCGAAAACUCGCGCGAUGUACCAUGGGAAGAAAUUGAAUGGCAGCGCGGUGAUCGUGUUGGCUUCAACUUUGAGAAGUAUCCCGGCCAAGACCUCCAUUCAAGGAACUAUGAUGAUGGCCGCAUAGUCUCCAAGGACGCUCAUGGCGGCGAGAUUGUGGGGCAGUUGGACUACGUUUUUUCCACUGGCCGCUGCUUUGGGGAAAAGAAGAGUAAGAGUGUUGCUUUGGCAGACGGGGAAGAAACGGAGUUGAUGUGCCUUGAGCUUGGAGAGAUGGCAAUGUUGUUGCUUCGAAGAAAUCCGGGACCUGAAGAGACGUGGAGGAGAGUGGGGGUUUGUAUUGGGUAUGAACAGAGGAAAGGUUUCUUCUAUGGUUGUGAGAGCAGGACAGUUGUCUUGGCUUGA